AUGUGCCAUGGAGCAUCGUUUCGCUGCGCGGCGUCCGAGAGCGCGCUUCUCUUCGCUGUGCUGCUGAUUUAUGCGGCGGCUGCAAUUGGUGCUCAUUAUAAAAUGCUCGAUUUUGCGUUUCAGGUGUCAUUUGGCGGAUUGCGCAGCAGCAGCAGCAGCAGUAUGGCACCGCCUGCGGGACAGUCCAGCAGUCAACCGUUGCCGUCCAAAGAGCUGACACUUUUCCGCAAAAAGCAUUACGAGCACAAGCAGUACAAGAAUGGCUUGCGAUGCGCCAAGAUGAUCCUGUCGAAUCCACAGUUCAGCGAGCAUGGAGAAACGCUGGCAAUGAAAGGCCUGAUACUGAACUGCAUGGGAAAACACGAGGAAGCACAGGAUUGUGUCAAACGUGGCCUGAAGGCUAGUUCAGCGGAUCUUCGAUCGCACGUCUGUUGGCAUGUGUUUGGCCUGGUACAGCGUAGCGAGAAAAAGUACGAUGAAGCGAUGAAGGCUUACAAGCAGGCAUUGCGACUCGACAGCGAUAAUAUGCAAAUACUCAGGGAUCUGUCGUUGUUGCAAAUACAAAUGCGAGAUUUAGACGGGUAUCGCGGUGGGCCGGAGUACGAUUUCGAGCAGAGCGAGUUGAUCCUCUAUCAGAACAUGAUAUUGCGUGAAUCUGGGCAGUUGGAAUUGGCGCUAAGCAAACUUGAAGAGAAUGCUUCGCAAAUCGUUGACCGGGUCACUUAUAUGGAAACACGAGGUGAGCUGCUGAUGGCCUUGGAUGAUAAGAAGGCUGCGGAGCAGACCUACUGGCAACUAAUAUCAAGGAAUCCAGAAAAUCUCAUGUAUUAUAAGCAGGUGGAGAAGUGUCGAGGUUUAGGUACGGUGUUUUGCUAUUCAUGCUCAUCAUAG